AAAUCGGUCCAGUUUUCAAGGUUCAUCAAAAUCUCAUUCACAUAUCCAGGUGAUGAAUACGAUCGGUCCGCACUCGAACCCGCCAAGCUGACCUUCUCCGAAGCUACGGAGCUGAUGCAGCUGCGUAUCGACUGGAAGCAGGAGAUGAACCGACGACUUGAGCAACAGCAGCAACAACAGCAGCAGUUGCAACAG